UGUAUGCGAGAAGAAAUUGUGUUUACAGAAAAUAUAUUUUGAUUUUUUAGUAAAAAAAAGUUGAAAAAACAAAAUAAAUAAGUUUAAAUUGUGAUUGGUGUCCCUAAAGAGUGUAACAAACAAUGUCCGAUAGUGCCGAAACAACACAACAAAAAAUGGAUCGACGUAAAAAGAGAACAUCGACAAACCAAUACAUGAUGUACAUCGAGAUGAUGGAAAAGGAUGCUGUCUUUGCCACUGGACGUAUACCACGAGAAUACGACUCCAAUUAUUUAACGAGAAAGUGGAAAGAAUUAUCUGAUAAGCUUAAUAGCUGCGGCAAUGGUCCUACAUUGACUUCGGAAGAAUGGCGAAAGCGUCUAAAUGACUGGAAAAAUACAACAAGAUGUAAGUACAGACGAAGCAUAUCGGGAGAAAAAGAUAUUACCAUGACCUCAUUAGAAUUACGUGCAUUGGAUCUGUUUGGUAAAAUACCAGCCACGGCACCCCCAGAACAGAUAUCCAUACACUUUAAGUCGGAAAAAGAAGAGGAUGAAGAAGAAAUGGAACAUAUGCCAACAACGGAAACAUUCCAGAAACAACUGCAGGCAGCCGUGGAGGAGGCCAUCGGGGACGAUGAGGGAGAGCACAUAGUGGAGACCGAACAUGAUGAACACGAAGAAAUUAUACCCGAAAACAACCACAGUUCUUCGAUGACACAUGGCGGUAGUGGCGGCUCUAAUCAUGGGAAUUCGGUUAGUGGCGGUGGUACAACAUAUCGUACCAUUGUUGUUGAAGACACCGCCUAUCCCGAAGACGAACAACAAGACGAACAUUUAGAGUUUAUAACCCAUCGUCGUUCUAAUUUGAAUUCGUCCAAUACAAACUCCGCAAUACAAACGGCCGUAGUAACAACGACACCCACAGCCACGGUAGCCAAACUAAUUAAUGGUGAUAUUCCGCUUAAGCGAUUACGAUCCCAAAUUUCCGAUCAAAUUAUAUAUGAAGUUAAAAAGACACCACAUGCAACGCGAACCUACACUGUUUCUCAUCCCCACAUUCAGCAGCAUCAAACGCAAACACAACAACAUCAACCGCAACGUCAUCAUCACCAACCACAAGAACAAUAUCAACAUAUAAGCCAAGAGAUACCAACAUCGUCAGCAACAACAUUGGGGGGACAGCUACUGGCUUCACAGGAUGUCCGCGAAGUGGCUAGACAACUGAAACGUAUUGCAGACAUUAAAGUUGAAAAACUAAAAUUUGACAUAGCCCGUUUUAAAUUUAAUAAUCCCGGCUUCAGUUAUAACUUCAAUCCCUCAUAGUAGGACCAUCCGUUGGACUAUUAUUAUUAAAUGGCCCCCAAUUAAGAAACAAACAAAAAAUAAUUUUAAGAUUUUAAUCGAUUGUCCCACAAACUCAAUUAAUAUUAUUGUUUUAUUUUUACUUAUUAUUUUUUUUUUAUCACUUUUCAUCUACAUACAUUUCUUUUCAAAAUACAUAUGUUGUAUGUACCGCAAACAUUGAC